GUUGUGAUACCACAGGAGAUGAGUCUGGCGAUCCUGCGUGGUGCAGUUCUGUUCGGCCUCGACAGCAGCGUCAUCCAAGUGAGACGGUCCACCAUGACAUACGGCGUAGGCGUGCUCAACAAGUUCAUGCGCGGCAUCCACCCACAAGGCAAGCUGCUGGUGCGCGACGACCGUGAGUGGUGCGCCGACAUCUUCGAUAAGUUCGUGACGGCCGACCAGUCGGUGGGCGUGGGCGAGACCCUGCUGCGCCGCUACACGCCGGCGCGCGUCGACCAGACUACCAUCGUGCUCCACCUCUACUGCUCGCAUAAGGAGAAGGUCACGUUCGUAACGGACGAGGGCGUGGAGCGGUGCGGCACACUGAAGCUGACCUUGGAUGGAAGCCCACUGAGUCCCGUCAAGCGCCGUGAAGUCCAGGUCCGGAUGCGUUUCGGCGACACGGAGAUCGUGGCCUCGGCAGUGGACGUGCUCACCCAGCGGUCCGUGUCGGCACACAUCGACUUCCUCGGUCUCUGAGACGCAGAGGUCCGUGUCGGCACACAUCGACUUCCUCGGUCUCUGAGACGCAGCGGUCCGUGUCGGUACACGUCGACUUCCUCGGUCUCUGAGACGCAGCGGUCCGUGUCGGCAUACAUCGACUGCCUCGACCUCUGAGACGCAGCGGUCCGUAUCGGCACACAUCGGCUUCCCCGACCUCUGAGACGCAGCGGUCCGUCUCGGCACACAUCGGCUUCCUCGGCUUCUGGGGCCGGCCCUGCACCAGCGGCGAUGCUGCCUGCUGUUGCCCUGUGUGUGUCCGUGGCGCAGCAGCUCGUGCUGCCCUCUGUGUGUCCGUGGCGCGGCAGCCUGUGCUGCCCUCUGUUCGACGAUGCGGCGCGCCGUGUUUAUGAAGGCGGCGAAAUGAGAUGUCGAAUGGUCUGGCCGUUAUGUGAUGCGUAAAGGUGUAAAAUAUGCGUCGAAAGCUGUGUUUAUACCGUGUAACGUAGGAAGGCUAUCGGUAGUUGUUUUGCGACUUGGCCAACCUUGACUUGUGCUCGUGGCAUUGCCACAUCUGAGAAGUGCAGCACCGUAGUUGAGCUUUAUGGUUUUACAUGACGUUGCAGAUAAUGUGAGAGAUGGCUGAAUUAUAAUUUGUACGUAAAAUCAUUCAAAUCUUGAGCACUCCAUGCCCUGUUAGAUUAUGCUCGUUACGCUCCAGUCGGCAGGGGAGGGUGGGACAUGUCCCGACCUCCGAAUAUUCAUGCAUUUAUAGAUAUAUGCGUAUGAUUUAUUCACUUCAGUGACCAUCGCGUUCAGACGCUGGUAACAAUUACAUAUAAAUGCUUGCUUGCUUACUUAUUCAUUCUGCUUUAACGAGCGCAUCACAUCUCCGUUCCCCAAAACUGCCGUGGUAAGCAUUUCAGAAUCAUCAACAAAGUGGUGGGUUAUUAAUGUAAUUCAUUUUUCGGAGCGGGCAUCAGACAUAUCGUGAAAGCUUUAAUGGCACCUGGUAUAACGUAACUGGUUAAUCAUUCUGUAAUGCCGUGAUCAUUUAAAGUCAAACCUGUUAUCGAUUGUGCCGACUGUUUUGUGCGAUGGUUUAUUGUGGUUUGCCGUACAGGGCCUCGUACAGAAGUUAUACGGCUCGAGCCUCAUAUGAUAAGGGCAAAACCAGUUAUUCUAACGAUUCCUUAUGUGGCUGUCUCGAUUUUGGCAUUUCGGAAAGCAGCAUAGUAUGUGGUGAAAAAUGGCCUAUGUGUGAAUGUCAUUUAAUGUCAAAGUCAUGGCGAUCAAAUGUGUUUGGUUACCACACCAAACAAAGAAGUGGCCCCUGUUCUGCUGCCAACAUCACACCUCUAUGGAAAGUGACACAAGGUAUGCUGUCGUGCGAAAUUGCAGUCUUAGCUAAAUGCUGCACGUCAGGUUUUUUUGUGGAGCGCAGCAUGCUUUGGUGCUAGUGUGGAGUUCAUAUCACACGCAGGGCUAGAUUCAGAUUCUGAUCUGUGGAGUCGUCAGCACGUAUUUCCUAUUAUUCGUGCUCCCAAGAUUUCAAGACGCCAUGCCGCCGUCCAGUAGAAAAAAGAUUUCCAUGUGCGUUGCGUUCUUGUUUCUGAAUGUAAAGGAAUCUCGAUGCAGGAAAACGGUGACAUGAUAUGAUGCAGAGCGCAUG